AUGAGGAGAGAUGAAAGUGUCGUGGAUUUCAACAAUUUAGUUAAACUCACUUUUGGCGACACCGCAGUCUACGAUCCAGAGAACAGAUUAGUCGCAAUCCGUUAUCUACAUGACACACUACCGUCGAAUAUCCAAAGUGUUUUUCACAUUCUUCCGAAAGCGAUCGAAGACAGUGACGACGAAGUUAGAAAACUGAUGGUUGAAAUGUGCUCUACCUUGCUCACAACGAAAGAAUACGCAGCUGACACAGCAGUAGAACUGCAGGAAUGGAUAGAGGUAUUGUCACGCUACGUGCUAGCAAAUGAAGUACCAACUGGCGUAAAAGGGAACUACCGAGUGAAAUUCCCCAUUGGAGUGGUGCUCCUUUUUCUGGAUUCGAUUGGGUGCGACUACGAGCAUCCACAUCGCAACAACCUUGGACCAUCGACUCCAAUGGAGCGUGCUCUGAAGAAGGCGAAGGCGCCAAAACGUUAA